UCCUGGUCGCGUUUCGGUCGUCACUUUAAUUCGUUGUCGUUUUCGCAAAAGUUUUUAGUUUCAUUAAUCUGUAGAAAAUAGUCCAAAACCGAAGAAAAUCAUUGGUAACUUGUGACUUCCUUGGAGGAAAAUGUUUUACAGUUGAUUACGCUUACAAAACGGUCGAAAACGUAGCGCUGAAGCUCGUGCAAUCUUUACCUCAUAGUGUGAGUUUUCCGUUUUUGCAGUUUCUUUUCUUUUUGUCAGCAAAAAAGUUAGUACGGACAUAUAAUGUCCAACACAUCACAAUACUAUGGAAUGAUGAACGGCUACCCAACAGCGACAAAUGGAUCUCAACAGCAGCAGCAGCAACAACAACAACAACAACAUUAUCCGCCUUCGCAACACCAGCCGGUGUCACAGCAUCCUAUAAAAAAUGUAAUGAUGAACGGUCCCUCGCAACCGCUGCCUGUGAUGGGUGGAAUGCAACAAUACGGCUUACCAACUGCUGCUGGUGCGGUGACCCCGGUGCAGAACGGACCGCCGACUUAUCAGAGACCGCCAUCUAACAGCCAGUUGCCGCAGCAAAACAACCGAGUGACAAACCUAAUCUCUAAUGGAAAUAGCGCCAAUUCAUCACGCACGUCGUCACCCGCGCUUAUAAGCAGAACUAUCCCGGCGUCACAAUUGCCUCCGGUAGCUGGAACACGAGUAGAUACUAACCAACCACCUUCUAGUCAAAGUCAACUUUUAAGUAGUCCGGUAACUAGUAAUUACAAUAUAAACUCUAGUAACAACUGGACAAGUGGGAUCAAUUCUGCAUCGAUAAAUACACCACCAAGAUCUGCAUCUGGCCUUUCAACUCCACUAAAUGCAUCUACACCCAAUCUAGGUCAGCUGCCAGUUAAUGGUACAGCAAACAACCUUGUUAGUAGUAUGCAAAAUUUAAAUAUAAAUCGACCAUCAUCAGCGCAGGAGCAGAUGGGACCUUCGAAUGGCACGGGUGCUUCACAACCACCGAUGCCGGUUAACAAACACCCGAGUCAACAACCUCCAUCUCUACUUGUGGGGCAACAACCAAAUCCACAACAAAAUCAUUACAACGGAAAUUAUGUACCCGCAACACAGAUGCCUCCUCAACCACAACACCCUAGUGGGCCACCACCAGUUGGGCAAUUAUACCAACCUAUGCCCCCAAUGUCCUCAGCCGCUCCUACGACAUUGGUCACGUCAGCACCUGCUAAAAGGCCCAUGUAUCCAGCACAGACUAUACCCAGCAUGCCUACUUCACAAACUCCAAGUUAUUAUCAAAACCAACCGCAACAACAACAGCCACCCGAUGCUCUCCCUGCUCAGCAAUAUCCUCAGCAACCUCAUCAGCAUAGUCAUCUUCCACAUCAGCACCAGCAUUAUCACCAACAUCAACAGCAGCAACCCUACGGUGCCAACUUUCAGCAACAGCAACAACAGUACCAGGAUCCGCAAUAUAAUGUUGUGAAAACCGGUUUCAACCGUCUGUGGGGUAACAACACAGUGGAUCUGUUGCAGAAUCGGCACAUUCUGCCAACAGAGAAAGUUCGACCCCCUAUUAUCCAUCUGAACCAUCCUUUCCAAGAAGCAGUUAACUGUAAUCCGGACAUUUUCCGAUGCACGCUAACCAAAAUACCCGAGUCAAAUCAACUGCUGCAGAAGUCACGUCUACCAUUAGGUGUGCUAAUACAUCCAUUCCGGGACCUGAAUAACCUGCCCGUAAUUUCGUGCAACACGAUCGUACGCUGCCGAGCCUGCCGGACAUACAUCAAUCCGUUUGUAUUCUUUGUCGAUAGCAAAAAAUGGAAGUGUAACUUAUGUUAUCGAGUAAAUGAGUUGCCUGAAGAGUUUCAGUAUGAUCCAGUAACAAAAACUUACGGCGAUCCAACCAGACGACCUGAGAUUAAGUCCAGCACAAUAGAAUUUAUCGCUCCAUCGGAGUAUAUGCUUCGUCCACCGCAACCUGCGAUAUACCUGUUCCUGCUGGAUGUAUCUUCUUUAGCGCAACAGUCUGGUUAUUUGCACACCGUCUGCAAUACACUGAUAGAACAGAUUGAUAAUUUACCCGGUGAUGCACGAAUGCAGGUCGGCUUUAUUGCAUUCAACAGUGCAGUUCAUUUCUAUAAUAUCGCAGAGGGCUAUAACCAGCCUCACGAGGUCACGGUUCUGGAUGUCGACGAUGUAUUCCUGCCAUACCCCGAUAACUUACUAGUAAAUCUGAAGGAAAGUAAGGAAUUGAUUAGAGACCUUCUGACACAGCUGCCCAAACGUUUUGAACAUACUCACGAUACUCACAGUGCGCUAGGAGCAGCGCUGCAGGUGGCUCUAAAGCUCAUGCAGAGCGCAUCGGGAGGUCGUGUAACGGUGUUCCAGUGUUGUUUGCCCAAUUACGGACCGGGUGCACUGCAGUCGAGGGAGGAUCCAAACAAUCGUUCUUCUAAAGAUGUUGCUCAUCUAGGACCAGCGACAGAUUUUUAUAAACGAUUAGCAUUAGACUGUUCCGCUCAGCAGAUUGCUGUAGACUUGUUUUUGCUGAAUAGUCAGUACUGUGAUUUGGCAACGAUUUCUGGAAUUAGUAAAUUCAGUGGUGGUUGCAUGCAUCAUAUACCACUAUACAGUGAAACGAAGCCUCAGCUGCUUAAAACGUUACAAAAGUGCUUUGAACGUUAUCUUACCCGAAAGAUUGGUUUUGAAGCGGUUAUGCGAGUACGCUGUACCCGAGGGUUGGCGAUCCACACAUUCCAUGGUAACUUUUUCGUGCGGUCAACGGAUCUGCUGUCUCUACCCAACGUAAAUCCAGAUGCUGGUUUCGGAAUGCAGAUCACCUACGAAGAAAGCUUAGCUGAAUGUAAGACAGUGUGCUUUCAAGCAGCUCUGCUUUAUACUAGCAGUAAGGCGGAAAGAAGAAUCAGGGUCCAUACGCUUUGCGUACCAGUAACGGCCAGUCUUUCGGAGGUUAUGUAUUCGGCCGACGCGCAGUGUAUAGUUGGUUUAUUAGCCAAAAUGGCUGUGGAUCGAUCGUUGAGUUCCAGUCUGUCCGACGCCAGAGAUGCCUUUAUUAAUGCAACUGUGGAUAUUUUUAGUGCUUUUAAAACUGCGCAAAAUCUGCCACAGAACUCCGCAACAAUUGUAGCACCGGAGAAUCUCUCAUUGCUACCGUUGUACAUUUUGGCACUGAUGAAGCAUACUGCUUUCCGUGUCGGUACGAGUACUCGUCUGGACGACCGAGUAUUUGCUAUGAAUGAGAUGAAAACGAUGCCUCUGGAUCAAUUGAUCAGACACAUUUAUCCAGAUUUUUAUGUGCUUGACAGCCUAUUUCAUAGCGCUACACGGGAAAGUAGUGACGGCGAAGCACAGCUGGUGGAACCCCCUCGAUUACAGUUAUCAGCGGAGAAGUUCGAUUCAAGAUCUGUGUUCUUGCUAGACUGCGGUCCUCACAUGUUUAUCUAUGUUGGAUCUAAUGUUUCACCAGAUAUUCUGAAUGAUGUUUUUGGAAUUAACGCCGUAUCAGAGAUUCCGGAUUUCUGCACCGAGCUACCAAGCAGAGAAACGCCUGCUAGUGAAGCAUUGUUUGCAUUUAUCGAUAGUAUCAACGAAGAGAAACCGUACUCUACUUACAUACAGGUCAUCAGGGAUACGAGUCAAUUCCGCUCGCUGUUUGUAGAAAAGUUUGUCGACGACAGGAACCAAAGCUCGGUGUCCUAUUAUGAGUUUCUGCAGCAUCUUAGGACUCAGGUAAAAUAGAACGAACGCUAAUACAGUGUGCUUUUAAAAAGAAGUGAUCGAAUGUAUGCAUCUAGCUUACACAUCAGUAAACACACAAUCGAGACACCGUUAUAACUGGAGCAAGCUGAGCGCAAAUUUUGUCUAAUGAAAUGAUUGAAAAAGUAGGAUACGAAGUUGUAGGAAAUCAUUGUACUAUAGCUAAUAAAUUGAGAGGAAUAAAUUCUAGAUAAUCAAUGGUUGAAAGUGUAUAAUAGAGUAAUCAAUGAUCAUAAUAUAUAUGGAAGAGUUUCUGUAAUAGGCCAACCAAUAGUUCUUAAACAGCUGCGGUUUUUCAAUAGACAAAUAGUUAGGCAGUUGAAAGCAAGAUCCCAGCAACAAUAAUGCAAAAAUUUAUUUUUCAAUCGACGGUGAUUAUAGUAUUUUCUAAUUUACAUAUUAAUAAAGCGUAGGAAAAUAAAUAUAAAAAACGAAUGUUUAAUGAAGAAACUUUAUUAACGGAUAAUGUUUCUAAGCUGAAAAAAAACUAAAUAUGCAAAUCUUUUAUUGUAGCGAGAACGUAGAUCACACGUGUUUGCAUCUUUUUAUGUACUAAGUAGUUCCAACCGGUUCCUUGCUUCCACUUUAAACCCGAUAGUGCAGUAAGCAGCUAAACCAAUACUCUCGUCGCGGAAUGGUAUUUCGAAAUUUGGAUAAUUGUUUAUAAGACGUUGUUGCUUUAUAUUACUAUUAUUUGUAAUUACGUUUCCCAAUCAAAGUUUAACUUCAAGCAAAGUAUAUUGGUAUAUAUCGUUUAUACGCCUGUACAGAAAUAUUUUUUUAGAAUGUUUGCUCGGAAAUUUCUGCAUUAUGUAAAUAUAUUUUGCUUCAGAAUGAAUGCGUCGCACCACGAAAUAUCUAAGCGUAAAUUUUUCAUUUUUCUAAGGCGAAUGUCGCAGUUUUCGAUAAGAAAAAUCUAGGCAGUUCUCCCGUUUUUAUGAUGUUUCAAUUCGUCUCAUGCUUAUACAGACAGAAGCAAUAACUGUGGCAUUCGUCUUUGAAUUCUUCAUUUAGGUUCUUGAUUAGUUUGACCCGAUUCAUCUAUAUUUUAAUCAAGUAUGUGUACCAGUUCUAUAAGAAACUGAUAGAAUAAUCAGUAAUCAGAUCAUUAUUUCUAAAAAAAAGUGGAUAAAAGAAACGAGAAGUAUUUGAUGUAUGCAUGAACGCGUCAUUGUGUAUAAUACAAUCUUAUGAAGGCAUGUUUAUUGGGAGUAAUAAAACAGUUAUGACAGCAA